UAAAGCUGUAGAAGAGAAAGAUAUUAACGCUACCUUGUUCAGAAAGAACGUUGGUUGCCUUAGAUAUCUGCUUCACACAAGACCGAAUCUAUGCUAUUGUGUAGGCGUCUUGAGUAGAUACAUGCAGAGUCCAAAAGAGUCCCAUGGAGCUGCCAUGAGGCAAUGUUUGAGGUAUCUACGAGGAAAGACUACUCUCGGCCUAACCUUUGAGAGAUCCACUUCAAGAGUACCGAGAUUGAUAGGCUAUAGUGAUAACAGUCACAACGUGGAUCCAGACGACGGGAAGAGCACAACAGGCCAUAUCUUCUAUCUAGGAGAAAGUCCCAUAACGUGGUGUUCACAAAAGCAAGAAACGGUCGCGUUAUCAUCGUGUGAAGCGGAAUUCAUGGCAGGGACAGAAGCUGCGAGGCAGGCAAUUUGGCUCCAAGACUUGCUCGGUGAAAUAACAGGAACAAUGCGAGAGAAGCUGUUAAUUCGCAUCGACAAUCAGUCUGCGAUAGCUCUCACAAAGAACCCGGUAAUUCACGGACGGAGCAAACACAUACACACUCGUUAUCACUUUAUACGAGAGUGUGUGGAGAACGAGCAAAUUGAAGUUGAGCAUGUCUCCGGAGAAAAGCAGAAGGCAAACAUUCUGACCAAGGCACUAGGAAGAAUCAAGUUCAAGGAAAUGAGAGAUCUCAUCGGUGUUCAAGAUUUGGAGAAGACAGACUUCAAGCUUAAAGGGGAAAAUGUUGAGAUAAGCUUGAGAUACAAGUUGAGCUACAAGUUAACCUAA